AGGAAUCACGUGUUCCCAGAUCAAAGGAGAUCCGCUUUGUACAGAGAGCGCGAGCAACAGCAGCCAGCGAGGCAUACGCGAGCAAUGCGAUAGUCCGGGCAGCAAUGGUGAAAUAAGCCACGACAUUCUUUUCAAGGACAAACUUUUAUUUUUAAAGAUCGCUAUUCUCACAUCGUACCAUCCAUCGCGGUUUGUUUUGUCCAUUUCUGUUGUUGUUUGUAUUUGUGGGAGGACGCUCUCGCCUCUCAAAUUUGAUUCUGAAUCAACACUUUCUUGAAGACCCUUGGAAAUUAUGUUCCGAUCGGCGCUGAUCCAACCGGCAAGAUGAUGAUUUUACCGAGGACUGGGUUCGGUCGUGGUGCUUAUUCGGUGGUCUUGGUGUUGUUUUGGGUCUUUGGAAGCGUCCUAGCCAAGGAUACUGCCUUUGUGGAAGUUGUGCUUUUUGAGUCGAGCCCAAAUGGUGAUUAUACCACUUACACGACAGGUCUGCAAGGGCGCUUCUCCAGAGCCGGAGCCACUAUCAGCGCAGAAGGCGAUAUCGUGCAAAUGCACCCUUUGGGCCUGUGUAACAAUAAUGAUGAAGAGGACUUGUACGAAUAUGGCUGGGUUGGAGUGGUCAAACUGGAGCAGCCCGAGUUGGACCCCAGCUGUCUUACAGUACUGGGCAAGGCAAAGAGAGCCGUUCAGAGAGGGGCCACAGCGGUUAUCUUUGACGUCUCGGAAAAUACAGAUGCUAUUGACCAACUGAACCAGGUUUCAGAAGACCCCUUAAAGAGGCCGGUGGUGUAUGUCAAAGGAGCCGAUGCGGUUAAACUGAUGAACAUAGUCAAUAAGCAAAAAGUUGCUCGAGCCAGGAUCCAACACCGACCGCCAAGGCCCACAGAGUAUUUUGACAUGGGAAUCUUCCUGGCGUUCUUCGUUGUGGUGUCUCUGGUCUGCCUCAUCCUCCUCAUCAAGAUAAAGCUCAAGCAAAGACGCAGCCAGAGUUCCAUGAACCGGAUGGCCAUUCAGGCCCUGGAGAAGAUGGAGACACGCAAGUUCAAGGCUAAGGUCAAAAGUCAGCGUGAGGCCAGCUGCGGAGCAUCAGACUCAGUGAGCAGUAGUUCCACAUCAGACUGUGCCAUUUGCCUUGAGAGAUACAUGGAUGGCGAGGAGUUGAGAGUGAUCCCGUGUGCACACCGAUUCCACAAGAAAUGUGUGGACCCGUGGCUACUUCAGCACCACACUUGUCCUCACUGCAGGCACAACAUUAUCGAACAAAAGAAGGGAAACCCAGGCGCUGUUUGUCUUGAUCCAGGAAACCCAGUCCACAGCCGCCAGCAGAGAGUCGUCCUCCCUGUUCAUUAUCCAGGAAGGGUGCACAGAGCUGGACAGGUGACGGCCUACCCUACACGGACCAGCAUGGACCCCCAUGGCAACCCCAUCACUGUUCUAACAGUGGACCAGCACCCUGAGCAGGGCCUCUAUCCUCCACAAUCCUCUUUUAUACGGGGUUACCCUGCCCUGCACUUGGAACACACGCUAAACCCGCACCAUUGUGGCCUGGAGCAUCGUGCCCCUGCUUACCCUCAAACCCAUUCUUUCAAACGGCCCAAAUUCCAUGGACGCAAUUUUUCUCGUGCAGCCUGCUUUUCCCAAUACGAAACCAUGUACCAGCACUACUAUUUUCAGGGCUUGACCUUUCCACAACCUGAAGGUCAGCAAGGGAAUGGACUCCACAAAGGUCACAAUCGACCCUUCCAGCCAGGACUUUUGUAUCCUACUGUGGUGCACAUGGCACCAGCUUCCUCUUCCCGCCUGGGUGACUCCGGAAGCACCUCGGGACUUAGUUGCUACCAUGGGCACCGCUCCGUGUGUAGUGGUUACCUUGCGGACUGUCCUGGAAGUGACAGCAGCAGCAGCUCGGGUCAGUGCCACUGCUCCUCAAGCGACUCCAUGUUGGACUGUACAGAAGUCAGCAACCAGGGAGUGUAUGGGAGCUGCUCAACGUUCCGGAGUUCACUAAGCAGUGAUUACGAUCCCUAUGUGUACCGCAGUAAGAGUCCUUGUCGGGGAUCAGCCGGGGAGGCCGGGACAGUGUUUGCCGCCACCGCUCAAGCUGACGACACUUCAGCCACAGUUUCAGGGAUGAUGGACUGCCUACAACCGCAGCUUGGAGCGUGUUACAGUUCUGGGGACCAGUUGUCUAACUGCAGCCUGGAGCCCAACUGUAGUAGCCACUCUUCGGUGGAAAGCAGGGAACUCACUACCUCAGCUGGGCCCCUAGAGGGCACUGUGGCUGAAAAGAGCCACAGCUCUGUGAAGCCUUGUGGAGAGCAAGGGCUAGCUUGUAACUGUUUUGAGGUCCCCAACUUAGAACAUAAAGGUAAGGAAGGAGAUGACAGGGGACACUGCAGGUGGGCCGCAGAAUCUCAAGCGGUCGCUUCCCCACAGAACUUUUAUAGUGUUAGCUCCGAGCAGCUACAGUCUCCAGAUCAUGUUAGCUAUGAUGGACUGCCAUGCUGCUUCUACACAGAGAUGACUGUACACCAGGGAAGUGCUAGUCACUACGCUGAGGAUUGUUCAGUUAACAUACAGUAUGCCCAGACAGACAGUGAUAGCUGCAUGGGACAGGGUUGCUGUGAGCUAGCGCAGCGGAUACCCAUAAUUCCCGAGGAUACAGACUAUGAAUUAGGCUUGGGUUUGGAACCACAAACAAGUUUGCUCCCUCCCAGACUUACCGCAGAGAGAGAGGAGAGAACUUCUGAGGAGACUUGUGACUUGUUUUUCACCUCGGGACAAUAUAGAGGUCAAGUUUAUCAGCAGCCUCAAGAUGAAGAGGCGAGAGCACUGUUUCCCUCGCGGUGUAGCGGCGUGUCUGAAACACAAGGGGGUGGCAAAGCAUCAUUUGAUGGAUCGGGGCUCUGCUAGGAAGCCCCAACACAGCACAAGCUCUUGAAAAUCAAUAAAUGUUAACCGUUUUUAACAGUUUUGUUGUUAAAAGUGUACUUAGCAUAGAGAGUUUUUCAAAAUAAGAUUUUACGUAUGUACUUUUUUUUUUUUUUUUUUUUUUCAGCGUUGAUGUUGUUCAUUCCUGUGGCCUUCAGAAUCUGUCACAUCAACACAAUGGUUAUAGGCGAACGUACAAAGCUAUAUUUUGAAUUUCACAUACUUCCUCAUGCAACACAAACUCAAAUGUGAGUCACUGAGCAUCAUUAUAUGCUUCUUUCCUGAUUGGACUAGGACCAGGGAAAAUGUCUUUACAUGUAUUUGACUAACUUGUAUGAUUUUCUUUUUUUUUUGACAGUUACGAUUAUGCCGGAGUUCCAUGUUAUUAGCUAAGAUGAUUUGAAUGCUCUUUUCACACGUAUAUCAUUCAGAAUUGCAUGCAGGUGAGCAGUAAGAACUAAGAAGUCGUAUCACUCAACUAAACUUCAUUUGGAGAAAUAAAAACCAAAACGGAUCACUGCAUGUUGAGGGAGUGCACAUCAGGUGCUGAGGUAAUUUCUCUGAAAACAUAACUAGGAAUAUGUCCAACUCAAACUUUCUCUUACUUUCUCAGGGCCUUUUUGUUUUUUCUGUACAGAAACAGACCAAUAAAAAAAAGCUUCUUUUUUUAUAUAUAUAUACACUUUAUCAAUGGAGACUACUGAGCUACGUAUAUAUCACACCAAAGUUUAGUUUGUCUCCAGGGUACAGUCAGAACACCACUGGUAGGGUAGAAUUAGAACCUGACUACUUUAGGGUUAGAGGCGUAGGAUGUCUAGUAUUUGACCCCUAAUAAAAA